AUGAGGAGAGCAUGGUACAGUCUGGGUCGUCAAUACCUCCGCCAUACCACAUUGCCGGAGUCAAGAUUGGCGCCCUUCUCAAGUCUCGAUUGCCAGAGACUGCUAUUGCCAAGACCAAAAAGUCAGAAUAAUGAUUUUCCACUCCAGUGCUUUUCCACCACACCCGAUCCGUCCCUUCCUCCCAAGGUGGUGGUGUCGUCUCGACCACGCCAUUCCAACAGUCCGAAAGAAUGGAAGCGCGCUGAGCAAGAAGCCAACAGGAUUUUGGAGGGAACCUCCACAAACCAGGCAGCUGGAAUGGUAGCACUCCAAGUCAAGGAAUUGCUCAUUCGAAUGGUCAAUCUACCUCGACAUGCGGAGAAGGGCCCACUUGCAGAUCGUCUGCUAUCCCAUGCCCAGACUGAUCUGAACAGGUCAAACUAUCGCCAUCGAGAAGAUUUGAGAGCCAAGUUGUACCAAUUGACCAUUGAAGCAUGGCUCGAUACAUUCGGAGGCAGAAAGACGUGGGAUGAAGCAGAAAGGCUGCUCUGGGAAUUAUUGAAUAAUGCCGACGAAGCGAAGCAACAAAUAGACAGGAAUCGAUUCUAUUGCCUCCACAAUCUGCAAAACAAUGUCAAGAAUAUCAAUGAGGCAUUUGCCAUGGUGCUGUUUCACUUUUGCAAACACGAUGGAAAGCAGCAGAGACGACGACGAAAUAGGCAACAACUCACAUUUCAGACCAAGUCUCGUCUAGAACCCCUUGUCCAAACCAUGCAACGGCUCUGGGGCGAUCCUGUGGUACCGCUGGUGCCAGACUCUCUGGCCAUGGAUGCCGUCUUGUACUACUACUUUUGUUCCGGACAAGCCGACUUGGCUUACGAAACGUUACAGGGGAUCAUCCAGGAAGCCGAUACCAACCCAUUUCUACGACCCACCCUUCACGGUAUCAACACAGUGAUUAGUGCGCUUGCCAAGGAAGGAAAAGUGGACAAGGCCAAGGAAAUUAUCACUCAAAUGUUGCAAGAAAACAGCAGCAACAAGCUGCCAAAGCCAGAGGUAGUGUCUUUCAAUGGUCUUUUAAACGCCAUUGCACAACGUGGAGGUCGUGAUGCUGGACAAGAAACAGAAGAAGUCCUGGAUUGGAUGAUACAGCAUGCCAUCAAACCCAACACAAUCAGCUACAGCACGGUCAUAUCCGCUUGGUCCAAGAGUGGCCAUGCCGAUGCCGCUGAACGGUCCGAGGCCAUUCUCCGACAGUGUCUAGAAUUAAACCUUCUUGCUGGAGGAGAUGCCACUUUUCUCUUCUCCAUGGUGGUUCAGGCUUGGUCACGGACGGGUCGCCCGGAUCGGGCUGUGGCGGUUGUCGAUCUCAUGAGCACAAUCUACAACGACGACAAGCCCAAACAGGAAAUGACUCAUGUCUUCAACUCUCUCAUCAUGGCGGUUGCUAGAACCGGGCAGGAUGAGAACAAUAUGCACGCCAAACUAAUGAAGUUCUUGGACCAAAUGGAGGAUCUUGGAAUUCCAGCCGAUGCAGUCACACACAAUAGCAUCAUGACGGCAAUGAUACAGAAUGGCAAGCCAGUGGAGGCUCUGGAAUACUUUUACAACCUGGAGGAGAAAAUCAGGGCUGACCGAACCGCGUCUCUGGUGGACUCUUUCUCGUACAACAUUGCAUUGGACGCCAUGUCCAAAUGCAAGGGAGAAGAUGCACCGAGAUUGGCUUUGGAACUUUUGGAGAGAAUGACAAAGGCACAAGAUAUUGCUGAUGUCGUCGUGGAAGCAACGACUGCCACUUACAACACCGUCAUGAAGAUUCUAGCAAAGAGCUCUCUGGAAGAUUCAGCUUUACGAUGUGAACAGCUGCUCAAGGCAAUGGAAGAGCGAUCGGUUUCGUCAAUAAGCAGGCCAGAUGCGAUUAGUUACUCGACGUGCAUAACAGCCUGGGGCUAUACAAGAUUGCCAGAAAAGUAUGAUCGAAUGUCACAGCUGCUACGGCGUAUGGAGGCAUCGUACCAGUCUGGAAACAGGGCUGCCCAGCCAAACGCCAUACCUUUCAACACAGUGUUGAUUGGGUGUCUGAAAGCUUCAUCCGACGAUCGCGAGACCGCCUUGGACUGCAUUCUUGGAACUUUGAAUCACCUUCGACGUGCGAAGGUUCGUCCCAACCCCAAAACCUAUCCACUAGUCUUUCGUGGGAUUGCCCUCAACUGCAAGGGAGGUGAACGUCGCGAUUCGCUGCUCCUGAAUGAGUUUGAGAAAUGUGCAAAGGAUGGUUUGGUUUCUGCAGAAUGCUUGACGAUACUGGGGCAGGCUUCACCUCAGCUGCUUGGCUCCAGGCUACCGGAAGAGAUGGCCGAUGUCGUCGGUGGACUUGAUAUGAACAAGAUCCCCGUUGCAUGGCGCAAGAAUACAACUACAGUUGGAAGUGAGAAGAGGCAAUAG